CCAUCUAUUAGCCGCUGACGUAUGCGCGCAUGUGUGUGAGUGUGUAUGCAAAGUAUACGGCGAACAGAUAUUUUCAUUGUCCGUCGGAUUUCUUUUUAAUAAUUCUUCAAAAAGUUAAAUUCCUGAAAUUUUAAAUCUUUCAAAUAAGAUAGAAAUUCGUGCGAAAGAGUGGUUGUUAGCGCAAUAUUGUAGUUCAAUAAGGUAAUGAUGAAAAUUUCAAGUGUUUUUUUUGUAAAUCGGUGAUGAAGCAACAGUGACUCGCUGUUAAGCCAAGAAGAAAAGAAACGAAGUGUAAAAGAAUAAGAGGUGAAAUACCAAAAUGAAGCUAAAGUAAAAAGUUAAAUUGAAUUUUGUAGUGCAAACUUCAUACGCAAAUUCGGCGCAAGCAAGCGUGAAUAAAAGUGAAUGUGUGUGAUAUGAAAAUGAAUAACUUAUUCAUGCAAGUUUAGCAAAGUUAAUAAAUUAACUGUGGUCAAUUGGUGUUAUAACCAAAUGCAUAGUUCAAUUUAACCGUGAAACGCUCUCGUUGGUGAUGUCUUUAGUAUUGUCUUCCGUUUGCUUAACUCGGUUCGGCAGUGCUUUGUAAUAAUACGCUGGAACUGCUGAGUUUGCAGCAUAAGUCACUUGCCAAAUAGUGAGAUUUUGGUUUUAUUCUAAAGCCUGUUUUACGGAAACUACAAACAUCGAAAAGAAACUACUUGGCUACUUCCACUGCGUUGGCCUUAUCGGUGAACCACCUUAGAAAGAGGCAUUAUAAUAAAAAGAAAGCACAACAUACGCAUAAUAACAACUGAUGUAAAUCAGUGCCAGAUACCGUCAUUGUUUAAAACAGUGGCGUGAAUGUUAAGCAAAAAAGUAUUUUAUUUAUCAAAAACCAGCAAAUAGCGAAUGAGAUAUUUGAUAAAAAAAGUAAUAAAUAAAAUUUUAAUUUAAUUGUAACUAACCAUGCCACCACCACCAUAUAACCACGAUUAGUAGCACAGGAAGAUAGAGUAAAUUAAAUGUGCGCCAGUAUACACCACAGCCCUAUAGUGGAUAGAAACAAAAACAAUGAUCCACAAAUGAAUACAAUCACCCAAAAGCGAUAUAAAAAAAAAAUGUUUGCAUUAGUGAAAAGUCACGACCGUUCAACAAAUUAGGAAUAAGAAAGACGCCAUAAAAUAACAAAGAGAAAAUAAUUUUUUUUGGUGAAGUUUUGACGUGAAAAACGGUUUAAAGAAACACAACAAAUUGUCGGAAGUGUCAAAAAUCGCGUAACUCAAAGACAAAUGCCUGCAAAUGCUAAAGUCCGUGGUGAAUAAGUAGAGACACAUUUUAUUGUCAUUUGAUGAAGACAGCAAAAAAUUGUCACCAGCUACAUACAUACAUAAAUAAUAGACAAAUGGCGGACAAUGACCUACAUACUAGGAGCUUAAGUCUUGCAUCUUAGAAUUUUUCGUUAUAACGGCUAUACACCAACGUCAUCUUCAGCGUGCUACAGAAACAGAACUUGUGGCGGAAGUGCGUUUCGUCUGCACAAUUCGUUUUAAUGUCGCAGCUGCCCCCAACACAAGCCACAGCAGCCGAAGCAUUGUCUAAAAUAAUAUUUAUAACGAUAAUGCUAAACGCCGCCAGCGAGCGGCAAUCCAAUGCAAAAGCGUGCAACUGAUGCUACUAUGCGGUGGAGCGCAGUGUGUGCGACAAACACGAUAAACAAAAGCAAUAUUAAUAACAAAGAUAGCAACACUACAAAGACAAUAAUUAAAUUAUUUCCUUUUAUACGUGUGUAUUCGAAAGCAAAUCAUCGCGAAUCAAAUACAACAGAAAAACAUUCAAAUCAAACGAGACACUAUGGAUGAGGAACGGAAGAGACGCGCCCAAGCACUGGAGCGUGAGAUGCGUGAUCCACACAGUAUUUGCAACAUCGACUGCCUACUGGAUACAGUCAAUGCGUUGGUUAACGAUUGUGAUCAUGAAUCAUUGAAGCGUCUAAAGAAUAUCGAGCAAUAUGCCACCAAAUAUAAGCCGAUGUCAAAGCAGAUUUGCCAGCUGCGUAUGAAUGUCGAAGAUUUUGAUUUUAUCAAACUGAUUGGCGCCGGCGCCUUUGGCGAGGUGCAACUGGUGCGACACAAAUCCUCGCGGCAAGUGUACGCCAUGAAGCGGCUAUCCAAAUUCGAAAUGAUGAAGCGUCCCGAUUCCGCCUUCUUCUGGGAGGAGCGUCACAUUAUGGCACACGCCAACUCAGACUGGAUCGUGCAGCUACAUUUCGCCUUUCAGGAUGCCAAAUAUUUGUACAUGGUCAUGGAUUAUAUGCCGGGCGGCGAUAUUGUCUCGCUGAUGUCCAUGUAUGAGAUACCGGAGAAGUGGGCCAUCUUCUAUACAAUGGAGGUUGUGCUCGCGCUGGACACCAUACAUAAUAUGGGGUUUGUGCAUCGUGACGUAAAGCCGGAUAAUAUGCUGCUCGAUCAUCAUGGCCACUUGAAGUUGGCCGAUUUUGGCACAUGUAUGCGUAUGGGCCCCAAUGGCUUGGUGGUGUCGAGCAAUGCAGUCGGCACGCCGGAUUAUAUUAGUCCUGAGGUGUUGCAAUCGCAGGGUGUGGAUAAUGAGUAUGGGCGCGAAUGCGAUUGGUGGUCGGUGGGUAUAUUCCUGUACGAAAUGCUUGUGGGCGAUACACCAUUCUACGCGGAUUCGCUUGUGGGCACGUACGGUAAAAUUAUGGAUCACAAGAAUUCGUUGAGCUUUCCCGCCGAGGUAGAGAUUAGUGAGAGCGCCAAAUCAUUGAUGCGUGCUUUUCUCACCGAUCGCACACAACGUUUGGGUCGUCAUGGCAUCGAUGAAAUCAAGGCGCAUCCGUUCUUUGAAAACGAUACUUGGACGUUUGACAACAUACGCGAUAGCGUGCCGCCGGUAGUGCCCGAGCUGUCCUCAGAUGAUGAUACGCGCAACUUCGAGGAUAUCGACCGCGAUGAGUCGCCGGAGGAGGUGUUUCCCACACCGAAAUCGUUCGAUGGCAAUCACCUGCCUUUCAUUGGUUUCACGUAUACAGGCGAUUAUCAGCUACUCUCCAACGACACUGUCGACGCCGAGGCAAAAGAGUCGGCAAAUGCGAUCGCCAACCACAGUCAUCGACAUCGUCCUUCCAAUUCAAAUGAAAUCAAACGACUCGAGGCACUGCUCGAACGCGAGCGCAAUCAUUCCGAAACGCUAGAGAAGCAAGACAAAGCGCUGCGUCAACAAAUCGAACUGAUUAGUAAGCGCGAAGCUGAAUUGCAGCGCAUCGCCUCGGAGUAUGAAAAAGACCUGGCAUUGCGCCAACAUAACUACAAAGUGGCCUUGCAGAAAGUCGAGCACGAGAUGGAGCAACGUAAAAAGACUGAGGCAAUGCUCGCCGAGGCGCAGCGCAAUCUCGACAACGAGCAGAAGAUACGCACACGCGAAAUGAACAAUAAUCUGCAUCACAAUGAGAAGAUCGUCACGCUGGAGAAGCAGCUGAAGGAAAUGGAGGAAAAUUUCAAAAACGAGAAUGAGCAUGUGCAAAAGCUCAAGAAGCAGGUGGCCGAAUUGGGUCUAACGCAGCAAGAAUUGGAAGGUAAAUUGGCGCAAUUGCAGGCAUUGAUUGCCACCUUACAAUCUCAAAAGGACGCGCUGCAGCAAGAAGUAGCCGAAACGCAAGCGCAACUGGCGCAAGAGAAAAAUGGACGCUCACAGCUGAAAGAACUGGUCAAGGAGUCUGAGAAUAAACUGCAAACCAUGUCGAAUGACUUGGAACGCGUGUCGCAGCGCGAGCAGCAAGCGCAUGAGGACAAUCGUGUGUUAACCGAGAAGAUCUCUGAUUUGGAGAAGGCGAAUGCUAGUCUGGACUUUGAGCUCAAAGCGUUGCAGGGUCGUUAUCAGCAGGAAGUGAAAGCGCAUCAAGAGACCGAGAAGUCGCGUAUGCUUAGCCGCGAAGAGGCGAAUCUACAGGAGGUAAAAGCGCUACAGACCAAGCUGAACGAAGAGAAAUCAGCGCGCAUUAAGGCAGACCAAAACUCACAAGAGAAGGAGCGCCAGUUAAGCAUGCUGUCGGUGGACUAUCGUCAAAUACAGCAACGCUUGCAAAAGUUAGAGGGCGAAUGCCGUCAAGAAACGGAGAAAGUAAUGGCGCUGCAGUCGCAGAUCGAACAGGAGCAUAGCAAAAAGAACACACUGCUAUCUGAGCUGAGUUUGCAGAGCUCCGAAGUGGCGCAUCUGAAAUCGCGCGAAAACCAACUGCAGAAGGAGGUCAGCUCCUUGCGGGAGGCGAAACGUAAAUUCGAAGAAGAAAUUUCGCAAAUCAAAAACACGUUGAACAAAGAAAUUCUGCUAAAGCGCGAAUAUCAGGAUCAACUGGAAGCCGAACAGUAUUUCUCACGCCUCUACAAAACACAAGCGAACGAACAUCGCGAAGAGAUAUCGGAGCGCUGUCGUGAAAUACAGGAUCUGAAAGAGGAGCGCACGUCACUUAAGCACCAAGUACAAGUGGCUGUGGCGCGUGCGGACUCUGAAGCGUUGGCACGCUCCAUAGCUGAGGAGACCGUUGCCGAUCUGGAGAAGGAAAAGACAAUCAAGGAGUUCGAGUUGAAGGACUUCAUGACCAAAUAUCGCAAUGAAUUGGCAGCAAAGGAAGCGGCUCUUACAAUGGCCAAGGAAACGGAAACCGAGUAUGUCAAGAAAUUAAACCAGAAGAAUGCGGAAACCGACGAACUCUUGCAACAGCAAAAGAAACUGCAAGAUGAAAUGUCGCAACUGCGCGCCACCAAGGACGAAGAACUCGCCAAGUUGAAGGAGAAACUGCAAACCGAAAUGCUGCUGAAGCAGGUGGCUGUAAACAAACUGACAGAGGUGAUGAAUCGGCGCGACACGGACUUGCAAAAACAAAAAGGCAAAGCGCGCUCAUCCGCCGAGUUGCGUAAGAAGGAAAAGGAAAUGCGUCGGUUGCAGCAAGAGCUCUCUCAAGAGCGCGAGAAGUACAACCAGCUGUCGCUCAAACUCCAAGACGUGCAGAGCCAAAUCAUCGAAGAUAGUCAUAUCAAGCAAAAGCUACAAAUGGAAAUCGACUGCAAAGCCACGGAAAUCGAGCAGCUGCAAUCGAAGCUCAAUGAAACCGCCUCACUGUCAUCAGCCGACAAUGAUCCCGAAGACACCCAGGUGCUUGACUCGGUAUUCGAGGGCUGGUUAAGUGUGCCAAAUAAACAGAAUAUACGCCGUCACGGCUGGAAGCGGCAAUAUGUGAUUGUGUCAUCGCGCAAAAUUAUCUUUUACAAUACCGAAAUCGACAAACAGAAUACAAUCGAUCCUGUGCUUAUAUUAGACUUAAGCAAAGUAUUCCAUGUGCGUUCUGUAACGCAAGGUGAUGUGAUACGCGCCGAUGCCAAAGAGAUACCACGCAUUUUUCAGUUACUCUAUGCCGGCGAGGGCGAAGCGCGGCGUCCAGAUGAACAAAAUCAAAUGGAUAUUAGUCAGCUGUUGACGGAUGAACGGCCCAGCACCAUUAUGUAUAAAGGUCACGAAUUCGUGCACAUAACGUAUCAUAUGCCUACAGCCUGCGAGGUCUGUACAAAACCACUGUGGCACAUGUUCAAGCCGCCAGCGGCGUAUGAAUGUAAACGUUGCCGCAAUAAAAUCCACAAGGAGCAUGUAGACAAUAACGAUCUGCUGGUGCCGUGCAAGCUGCAUCACGAUCCCCAUACUGCCAAAGAAAUGCUGCUGCUGGCCGGCACGCCUGACGAGCAGCAUCUGUGGGUGACACGCCUCUCCAAGCGCAUACAGAAGUUCGGCUACAAAGCCAACUCGUCAUCGAACAAUAACAGCGGCGGCGGCGAUGGCAGCAAAAUAUCGCCAAGCCAAUCGACGCGCUCCGCUUACAAGCCAUACGCAGUUAAUGUACAAAGAUCAGCCACGCUGCCAGCCAAUUCUUCAUUGAAGCAGUGAUCCGCUAAAGCAAUCAAAUAUUUUAUAGAAGACAAAUAUGUAGACAUAUAUCUAGUAUAUAGAAGUAGUCGAGAGUUUUAAGUUGUGUGAAAUGCGUGUGCGUAGACUGCGUGUAGUCGAAAAAAAAACAACAACUCGAAGCACAUUUGCUGCAUAUCUAAGCUUAUAUAUGAAUUUAUAUACUUGUAUAUUAGUUUUCACUAGUUUAAAUACACACACACGCGCAGUUCAAAGCGCGCAUGUGCCGAUACAUACAUACUUUCACUUAGCAUAUGCUCCUAUGUAUUUAUAUUCUAUAGAAAUGCAUACUGUACAUACAUACAUACAUACAUAUAACUGUAGAGUGAAGAACUGAAGAAGAAGCAGCAGAAACUAAUUUACUUUGCUGGUAAAUGUAAUAACUUUCCAUAUCAUAAUUAUUAUGUUUGUUAAUGCUAAUGUUGAGUUGAAACAGUAUAAUGUUUAUAUAACCGUCAUAUCAUCUUAACCGCCAAUUUACAUACAUACGCAUUACUUCCUGUAUGCUAACGCCGUAUGAAAGUAAAACAACAAAAAGUAAUUAAAAUACAUACAUACAUGCAUAUACAUACAUAUUAACUUAGUGCGUCGUUAUGUAAGUUAAACUUUUAUACAUUUAUUAUUAUUAUUAUUUAAUAUUACAUAAGUAGUGAAAUAAGUAAUUUGCUUUUGUAGCGUUAUAAAAUAGUAAAAAAAAUAUUUACAGUUGACUUUUUAAAGCGUGUGAAAAACAAUGAAAAGUUAAAUCAAAGAAAAAUAAAUAAAAAUUGUGAAAAUUGAAAAAUAAAAAUAAAAAAUGAAAAAAUCAGACAUUCUAAUAAAUAAGUAACACCAACAGAUUGUUGCCAAACUUUUUGAAACUGAAAUGUAACGGUGUUUCAGUUAGUAUUAGUAUUAUUACUAGUGCUAGUUUUAAGCUGUGCACACAUUCGAUUCAACAAAGUGAUAAACUAAUUUGCGCGCCAAAUAUCUAAAAACUAUUUGAGAAUUAUAUAUUUUUACAACUGUUGUUUUAUAAAAUUUCUAAAUUUUUUAAUCAAACAAGGAAACAUUUAAAAUUGUUUUCUCUUAUCUUUCAAAAACUAGAAAGUGUAACUUAAGCACUUAUCGAUUAGAAUUGAUAUGUUAUGAGCAGCUUUUUUUUAAAUCAUCACUUGAAAAUGAGUUUAAAAAUUAUACAAAAUGAGUUUAAAAAUUAUGCAAAUUAAUUAAAAUAAAUUUUAAAACUUUAGCGAGUGUGAAUAAGCAGGCUUUAAGAAUUCGUUCAAAAAGUAUUUUUGAAAAAACAAAAUAUGUAUAUAAAAUAAAUUCUAAAAGUAUUCGAAUUUUCAAGAAUUCAAGAGCUAACAUUCACAUAACAACUUUUUUUUCGAAGUCUGCUAACUGUAAACUACAGCUAGAUUGGCAUAUUUUUUAUAUAACUGGCG